AUUUAAAGUUGAAGAAGUCAAUGUUUAAAAAUGUCAAGUGAAUGUCAAAACUUCAUAACAAAAAUAGUCUACAUAUGGAGAAAUUUCACAAAAGGUCAGAUUUAUAAUAAUCAUUCUUCGAAUUUAGAACUUAGUGAUGUAAUAAACCAAAAUUGAAAAUAGAUAAAAGAUGCUUCAAAAUAGAUGUCGUCAUUCUAGUGUAUUACCACAUGAAAUAUGUUCAUUCUGCAAUACGACAACACCUGAAACUCUUUUAGAUAUCUGUUUUGAUUAUAUUAACAAACAUCCUGAAACAAUAUGCAACCCAGGUUUUUCUUCAGAAGAAGACUUACAAUUAUUGGAUGGGUUGUCCCUACCAGUGGAAAUUUGUGAACGUUUAUUAAAUGUUCGGAAUAAUAGCCUAACGCCAGUCGAUUCAAAUUUUAUUAACCUUUUUAGAAAUACUGACUGUACUAGAUUAAAACGUGUUAAAUUAAGAAGACAAUCUGAAAUAAAAGACCAAGAUUUAGAAAUACUCUUAAAACAUAAUUUGGUUGAAUUAGAUUUAUCAUUAUGUCCAAAUUUGACUCCAACCUGUAUUCAUCAUAUAACAGAAAACAGUUCAAAUUUAUUAUUUCUGAGUGUAGGUGAAGAUACAGACAUUUUCCCUGUUAGGAUGUUUGGUAAAUCCCCUAUUGGUCAAGAAUUAUAUGACAAAGGUUAUAUAUUCUAUGCUCCAAAUCUUCGAAAGCUAACUCUUAAAGGUUUACAUUUAUUGCAAUCUGAUUUUUAUAUGAUUUUGUUGUACCCUUUAUCCAAUUUGACUCACUUAGAUCUGUCAAACUGUAAUGAUUUACAUGAUUUUUCUUAUACCCAACAUCUAAUUAACUUAACCUCUCUAAUAUUAUAUAAUGUUCAUGGUAUUGAACUAAUGAUACCUGCUAUUUGUAAAUUAACAAAUUUAAAGCAUUUAGACGUAUCUCAGUCAAAAGAUGACCAGGGUAAAUAUGAAAAAGGUGACAAAAUACUUAGUUCUAUAGUAGAAUGCCUCCCCAAAUUGACUUCCUUGGAUAUUUCUGGUACAAAUUUGGCUGGCAGAGGUGUAGCUGAAACAUUGAAUGGGUCUGUUUGUGACAUACCAGGCUUAAGUUCAAGAGCAAAUAACCCAUUUCAAUAUCUGGGACUUUAUGAGACUUCCCAUGAUGCUUGUUUAAGACAUGAUAUACCUGCAAAAUUGAUCGGAGGAAAUGCUAAUGAAGAACAAAUACUAGUAGCUGCUUUGGCAUAUUUGGAUAGGACAGAUAUGUUACAAAAAGUUAUGAAUGAAUUGUUUCAUUUAUUUAGACUAGAAAAUAUCGAAUACCUGGGACAAGCUUUAAAUAUAGUUUUAGAAGCAAUGAGUAGACAUUUACAUGAAAGACAUAUACAAAUUUCUGGAAGUGCAACACUGUUUUAUAUUGUAAAAGGCACUGGCCCAGAGCUACAUGAUGAUGUUAGAGUAAAAAGAAAAAUAAUUACAACGCUUCUAAAUGGUAUGAGUGUUCACAAGAAUGAUGAUACCAUGAUGAGGAAUGGAUGCUUGACUCUUUGUCAAUUUAGAAUACCACAAGAUGUGCUUUUUGACUAUGAACGUUUAGUAAAUAUACUUCUCUACUCCGUAUAUGGUAUGGUACAAGAGAGCUUUGUACAAAGGAUAGGCAUUUAUUUACUUAAUUCUCUAGCUUGUCAGGUGGAUGGGCAUCAAAAAGUGAAACUUGGCGAAUUGGGUGCAAUAAAUAGAAUGAUUUGGUUGAUUAAAGAAAGGCUAGAACGCGGGCUUUGCGAUGAUGUCUUGGAGGUGGCAUGGUCAACAAUGUGGAAUGUUACUGAUGAAACACCAUUGAAUUGCAGAAAGUUUCUAGAACAUAAAGGAAUGCAACAUUUUUUGCAAUGUCUCGAAAGGUUUCCUGACAAGGAAGAGCUUCUCCGCAACAUGAUGGGUCUAUUGGGCAACGUCGCCGAAGUCCAGGAACUUCGUCAUUACCUCAUCACCCCUGAGUACUUAACAGUAUUUGCCAGGUUGUUGGAUUCCGAGAGCGACGGUAUUGAAGUUAGCUACAAUGCGGCUGGCGUCAUUUCACACAUAGCUUCUGACGGUCCAGGCGUUUGGGCUGUUCAAGAACCAUCUAGAACCUACGUAUUAAAUAAAAUGGUUUCAGCGAUCGAACGCUGGGAUCUGAACUCGCCUAGGAAUAUUAAUUAUAGAUCUUUCGAACCGAUUUUAUAUCUUGUACAGGUGUUUCAUACUCCAGAGUGUCAGCAUUGGGCUGUAUGGGCUUUAGCUAAUCUAACAAAAGUAUAUCCCGAAAAAUAUUGUACAUUGGUCGAACGGGAAGGAGGCUUGCGAUUACUUCAAAAACUAAUUUUUCAUUCGGAUGUUCCGGCAAGGGUAAAGGACUUAGCUGGGGUAGUAAUUGAGAAUUGCAGAAAUUUUCAAGCUUCCCUCGACGGAUAAGUUUUAAUAUUUUUUAGAGACAUUGAAAUACUCAUCAAAGCAUCGUAAAAUUUGUUUGUGAUUUGGUAUAUUAAAAAAAAUUCAAAACCAUUCUUUACACAUAUAGCGGACUUAUGUGGACUGUUAUAAUUUAAUUUUUUUUUUCGCUGAUUCAUUUAUUAGGACAUAUUGACUAUUUAUGUUUCAGAAUAGAAUAAUGUGAUUUUAUUUAUGCAAUAUAGAUAUAUUUAUUGA